AUGUUCCUCGAUGCUCCACCGUGCUGGAUCUCACGCAAUAUACUUAAAGGGAAGCAACUAGAACAAGCUAUCCAAUCUUUGGUCUAUACCCUAUUCCCCGGCUGUAACGUUACCAAUGUACGGCGUGUGAGUGGAGCUCUGACAAAUGCUGUAUACUUUGUGACAGUGGGUAAUACAACCACCUUGCUAUUACGAGUGUACGGGAUUGGCAGCGAUGAAUUCAUUGAUAGAUCCAACGAGUUGCUUUGGUUGAAUCGAUUAGCCCAUCUCAAGUUGGGUCCUCGUCUUUUGGCUAUCUUUGGCAAUGGUCGCUUUGAAGAAUUCCUACCCUCCACCACCCUCACUCACUCAGACUUACAAGACCCAGUCUUAUCAGCUCAAAUCGCACGUCGCUUCCGCCAACUCCAUAGCCUUAUCGAUAUUUAUCCACCAGCAUCACCGGAUGAGAUGGCAAUAUGGCACAGUGUCGACCGAUGGUUCGAAACAUUGCAACAAGAAUCACAUUCUCUCCCAUUCAUCUUUGACUUUGACCGGCUGGGCCGUGAGAUUGAUCAAUGCAAGGCAUUCUUGAAGAAUACAAGCCCCAUUGUCUUUGCACACAACGAUGUUCAGUAUGGUAAUGUGCUUCGACUCAAGGGAACAGCAAAUACGUUAGUAUUGGUGGAUUUUGAAUAUGCAGGUUACAAUCCUCGUGGUUAUGACAUUGCCAAUCACUUUAUCGAAUGGACGUACAACUAUCAUGGUGAUACCCCUGCACUCAUGUGCCCUGAUGCCUUCCCAAGCACUGCACAACAAAUUCGCUUCUUGAAGGAGUAUGCUAAUGGUGAUGACAAUCUUGUGGAUUCUCUCCUUGUGGAAACGCGGCAAUGGCUCAUGGCUGUUCAUUUGCAUUGGGGUUUGUGGGGUCUUGUUCAAGCAUGCCAUAGUGAAAUUGACUUUGAUUAUAUCUCAUACGCUUUGGAACGUAUCGGGGCAUUCCGUAAAGAGUUGCAGAAAAUGACUGUUGAUCAAUAA